GCGGUUCCUUGGCGUAUUAGUAAAUUUGCACCUUCGUAGGUUUAUCAUUCAAAAUUAUUAUUAGUGUGAUCAAUUGUCAAUGUUUUCUGAUGGCUGCUAAUAUCCAGGAGUACGAUCCUCCAAGUUCUGCCAGUUCAGACAGUGAUGUUUGUGAUAGAGUAUAUGAGGACACCAGAGUCUAUGAAGACACAGUAUUUUAUCAUGAUGUUGAAGAGGAUACAGACAGUUUUCAUAUUGUCUCCCCACCACAAUCUCCCAGACCUCCUUCUGCUUGUGGUUCUCAAAAAUCUCCUAGAGCAAGGAGACAAAGGACAACAUCUAUGUCAAAAUCAAAGACAACUAAUACCUCAGCGGAAUCUGUGCUUAGGAGCCAUCGUCGAACAAUAUACACUGCAGGUAGACCACCUUGGUACAAUUGUGCUGGAGAGCAAGUCAAACCUUUUGUGAUUGGAAUAUGUGGUGGAAGCGCUUCCGGUAAAACAACGGUUGCAACAAAAAUUAUCGAGUCAUUGGAUGUUCCAUGGGUUACUCUUUUCAGCAUGGAUUCUUUUUACAAGGCCCUUAAUGAAAAGCAGCACGAGUUGGCUAUUCUUAACGAAUACAAUUUCGAUCAUCCUGAUGCUUUCGAUUUCGAUCACCUCAUUCCUACUCUCAAGCGUCUAAUAAAGGGUAAAAAGGUGGAAGUUCCUAUUUACAACUUUGUAACUCAUUCACGUGAAAACAAAACAAAGACAAUGUAUGGGGCAAAUGUGAUCAUCUUCGAAGGAAUCCUCGCCUUCUAUAAUCAGGAAGUUUUAAAGAUGUUGGACAUGAAAGUGUUUGUUGAUACAGAUCCUGACGUGAGGUUAUGCAGGAGACUAAGAAGAGACAUAUGUGAAAGAGGACGGGACUUGGAAGGAGUGCUGAAGCAGUACUGCACAAUGGUGAAGCCUUCCUUUUCCCACUACAUAGCCCCGGGGAUGUCUCAUGCCGAUAUCAUCGUUCCUAGAGGAGGGGACAAUAAGGUUGCCAUAGAACUCAUUGUACACCAUGUCCACACUCAAUUGUCAUUGAGGGGAUUCAAAGUCCGAGAGAAGCUGGCCUCCUCUGCUAUCGGUCAACCUUUGCCUUCUUCGAUCUUCCUCUUGCCACCAACCCCUCAGGUCCAGGGAUUGCACACCUUUAUCAGAGACAAAGACACCUCAAGGGAUGAGUUUAUCUUCUACUCAAAGCGGCUCAUCAGGCUGGUCAUAGAGUAUGCUUUGUCACUGCUGCCUUUCAAAGAAAUAGUUGUGGAGACACCUCAAGGAGGAUCUUAUGAGGGUAAGCGCUGUGCGACAGAUAAAAUAUGUGGUGUGUCUAUACUACGAGCUGGCGAGACGAUGGAGCAGGCUGUAUGUGAUGUUUGCAAGGACAUCAGGAUCGGCAAGAUUCUUAUACAAACAAACCAGGCCACAGGUGAACCAGAGCUUUACUACCUGAGAUUGCCUAAAGAGAUGAAGGACUAUCUGGUCCUAGUAAUGGAUGCAACCGUGGCGACAGGCGCAGCAGCUAUGAUGGCCAUCCGGGUACUUCUUGACCAUGAUGUUCCUGAGCAGAAUAUUGUUCUGGUGUCGUUACUGAUGGCUGAAUCUGGUGUACAUACAAUUGCAUAUGCGUUUCCACAAGUGCGUAUUGUCACCUCUGCUGUCGAUCCUGAGAUCAAUGACAAAUUCUAUGUCCUGCCUGGUAUCGGAAACUUCGGAGACAGAUAUUUUGGUACAGAGCCAGCAGACUAAGCUAGUGAACGCCAUCCAUGAUGUUUAUGUAUUAUCUUGGUUUUUUUGUGUUAUAUCUAACAGCGUAAUAGCAUAGCUGUUAUCUAUAUCUCACUAGGUACUUAAAUUUUAUUGUGAUCUGCAGCUAAAACAAAUACUUAAACCAGUGUUUCCAGCCUCCUUGUAAUUUAUAAUUUGUGAAAUCGAACUUGAAAGCAUUGGGAAAAUACGCUGAUGAAAUGGUGAGUCUGAUCUGACUAUUGUGCCUCUAUCCGAAGGGUAAGUAAAAUAUGUCACCAGCUAAACUUAAAAACCAAAGAAUGUGAAUGACCUUCAUUUAGGUGAUGAUAAAAAAAAAAUUGAAGAUUUCAUUUCUGCAUAAAUACAUUAUGCAUUACAUUAAAGAUGGUGCUCUGUUGUAAUGUAAAGGUUUGAGACUAGUCUGUCUAGAAAUUAUGCAUUGAGGUAUAACGAACGAUUCGAAAAGAAGUGUUCCUUAAUUAUAUUAUUAUAGUAAAAUAAUUUAUUUUUAAAAGCCUCGUAAGUAGAUAAGUUGUGAUCAUAUUAAACCUUUUUCUUAUACUUUCAUCGUUGUACAAGAUAUCCUUCUUGUUGGAACUUAAUGAAAGUAUGUAUUCAUUAUAUAUGUUUCUUAGGGUAAUUGAUGUUCUAGACUUAUAUAAGGAAAGCAUUGAACAUUUUAUGAAAUGGUUAUGCUUAAAGUAAGUAAAUAUGUACGUAUUAAUUACAAAUUAGGUUUAAUAUAUGUUCAUAAAAUAAGAUAGUAAAUAUUAUUAAUUUAUAUUUACUUGCAAGGUUAUUGAAAGUGCUUUCUAUUUUGUUUUUUUUUCGUUUUCUUGGGUUGUUAUACUGUUGCCAUUAUUGGUAUGUAUUCCGUUCUCCGAUUUAAUACUGCAUUAUAUACUAGCAACCUUUCUCAGGAAAGUUCCUUUUGUGUUAGAAAAGAAAGAUUUUUCUUUUACGAUUAAAUACACUUAUGUGAGUGUUGGUUGUCUGACUUUCAAUGCUACCAUAGAACGUGAGAACUUAGACUUUGGUAGUAGAAAGGAGAGAUGAUAAUAUUACUAUUACUUGAAAACUAGAAUCACUUCCUUGUUUCCUACUUCCAGAAACAACUUUGUUUUAUAUAGAAGCGAUUCUCAAGGUUUGACUCUCCAUUAGUUUUUGCUUAUGUCGUCAAAGAAUUAAAUCUGGUUUUAGAGUAAUGUCAACUGGUUGAGGCGUUAACCUGUUUUACGGUAUGAAGAUUUUUUAAUUUUUUACUUGAAGCUUUAGCAGCUCCAAAAUUUCAGACAUUAAAUUAAUUGAAACGUAGGUUUAAUAAUUUAUUUAUAAAUGAUGAGUUUGCAAAAGAGCAAAUAUAGAGUAUACAAGUUGUUUACAAACAUGCAAAACAUUACUGAACGGUUUUAUUAAUGGGUUCUUAAGUUGUUAUUCAUUCUAUAAAUAUAAAUUGUUAAAUGAUUUUUUUAAUAUACUAAUUAGAAUGAGGAAAAAUAAUAUAUUAUUUGUUACAACCUUAAUAUUGAUAUUUUAACUUUUUAUGUUGCUUGCAGACCUGAGAUACGUUUAUUUCCAGCUAGCUGUCUGUUUUUAAGGUGUAUGACAGGCAUUUGCCAAUCCUUAUUACACUAAGGCAAUUUUGAUUUAAGUAUUCUUAACAGUUUCCAUUACUUGUGUCCUAUGAUGUUAGAUUUUUAAUGCUAUAUUUUGGUCGAAUGAUUUUAUUUCCUAUUAAGAAUUGUUUGCUUACGAGGUUUGUAUUCCUUUCUGGUACUUUUACUUUAUCAGUAUUAAUUCUAUUCAAAAUUAAAUAUCUUAUUGAUCUGUUUUGGUAAUUGCUAGUCAUGGUAGAUUUUAGAUGUUUUAUUUUACAGUUGCAGAUUAAUUUCUUUUUCUUGUGUUGGAAUUGAAAUCCUUUACUCUUUGUAUAACUAGUCAGUAAUACUUUGACCGUUAAACUUUGUAGAUACAAAAUUUGAGAAAUAAAGCUUAUUUUCAAAAGUG